AUGAGUACUCAAUUCACUGGAACGCGUAAAUCCAGACCGUUUGGUCUGUAUAAAACGCAUUAUCUGCCCAAUUUGCAUCGUGUUGGUGGUUCUUAUUUUCGCUCUCGUUCCAAACGAAAAAGUCACGUGGGUAGAAGAUCUGCUCGCGCACCUGUUGCCACAGUAAAAAAGGAACCGAAGAAUAUCACAUGGCUUCCGGGUGACGAUUAUCUGUUGAUUCAUUCGGUGCUUUUACGUCAAUCCGUGUUUGCCAAGCUCCUCAAUGAUCAUCCGACCGUGUUCUUCGCCGGACGUGACGAAUUAGAUCUGUUUCGUCAGUGGAGUCGUUUUCAGAGCUGUCACAUGAUUAAAGAGGGCAAUUUGCCCCCAAUGCCUCAAGUUUCGACCGAUAAUGUGAGCGUAACUGGUUCAAGAAGUCAGGCCGCGGAUCUCCGUCUUAUUGGGGCUAAGCACGAUGACUCCGUGAUAGCGAGUGGUCUCAAUAAUGACGACACAGUGCUGGGUGGGGAUCCAGAAAGUUUUUCAGAUACGGAACUCUUGUUGGAAGAGACCACAGCCAGUGCACUUUCAGCUGGACUGGAUAAACUGACAGAACCAUCUACGGCGGCAAGAAGACAUCGAUUGCUUGGCCAGUCCUCCUAUCACGGAUUUCAGAGUUUGGUGACUGAAUCUGUGAUUUCGGCCUUGGUCCGGGAAAAACAGCAGCAACAACAACAGCAAUCGCAUCAGUUGAUCGACUCAAAUCGUGACGACUCUAGUCGAGGCUGGUAUCCUUCACACGCGGGUCGGCCUACCCCCGGGGCAAUAUUAGCGGGGUUGGAGCGAUCAAAUCCCGGUCCAUCUAAUCGUCUGAUAGCUUCCACCGGAACGUCAUCUCCUUCCACUAUCAAUUCGGAAUUCGACUUUCGGCGUCGUUUGGAACUCUAUCGGUUUCGUAAACGUCUGUUUGCCCGACUAAGACGGACGGCUGAAGAGGCCAAACGUUGGACUCGACUCGUGGAAAUCCGGGCGGCCAGCGGACUAGAGCUUACAGAUCCACAACCUAUUUACCCGGUCCUGGCUGCUCUGACUGGCACGCGUACCCGAUUCUUGUUGAAGGAGAAAGAAGUGACUUUCGGUCGAAGUUCACUAGUCUAUCAGCCCCAUAUCGACCUGUCUCGGGAAGGCGAUAGUACUCGGGUCUCACGCUGUCACGGUCGAAUUCGUCUCGCCACGAGUGGCACGUUCUGGCUCGCUAAUUUCUCGAAACAUCCUGUUUUCGUCGACGGUAAUCCCGUGCUAACUGGGUUCAAUGCCUGGUUAUCACAAAUGCGAGAAAUGUGGCUAGACGAGGAACCGAACUCGUACGACAUAUCGGUCAGUGGUUUGGGCUCAUAUAAAAACGAAAUGAAAAAUUUACGUAGUUUAGAUGAUGAAUGA